GCCGGCGUGCUGUCAAUGUCAAUAGCAACAAGAAAUUUUUUAGCUAAAUUUCGAGUUUUCUCAAUUAAUUCUUAUAAAUAAUUGAACCAAAAACAAUUAUGUGAAUCCUUUUCAUCUUUAAGCUUACCCUCAACGCUUUACGCUAAGCUAAAGUGUUACAUGUUACAAUUUACUGCCCUUAUUGGUUACGGUGGUAGAAAUCGUGAAAAUGGCAAAAUCUCAAAUAAAUACUAAAUCCAGCAGCUAUAUAAAGGAUAAAGACGCAUUUCUGAAGGAGCUGAAGCAGUUUAAUGAGUCUAAAAACAUACCAUUCAAAGUCCCAAUAGUGAAUGGGAUUGAAAUAGAUUUGUUUCACUUAUAUUCACUGGUGCAGCAAAGAGGCGGACUCGGCAAGGUCAACCAGAAUGACACGUGGGAAUCAUUUCUAAGGCCAUUGAGGCUGCCACAUCCCUGUGUGAAUGGUUCCACUUUACUCAGAAGACUGUACGGAACUUAUUUAGAAAAAUAUGAAAGAGCCAGAGGUCCUCCUGGACGUGACGAUGACAUGGACUUGGACGAAGACCCUCGGAGAAGCCGAGGGGGCAUGCCAAGAAUCUCCUUCGGCGGAGGCAGCGUCUACAUUUCAGCGUCAGGUGAGGCGAUCCGCGCGGGGUCCCGCGUGGCCGGCCCGUCGGAGCGGCUGGCGCUGUCUCUGCUGUCUCCGAUGCCGAACGAACAAGACUUCGCUGUCAACGUGUGCACCGUGCUUGCUGCGGACCAUUCGAAUCGAUUGCCGUUGGCGUCCACGCCGCAUAUACUGGACUUUCUGUUGGCGCAUGCGGGCGUUUAUAAUCAUUCGAGUCUCCGCGACACAAUCGGCCGCUCCUACUUCGAAGCCCGAGGCCGUUACCCCGACGAGUUCUGGAAGAUGAGAGCCGGGGGCGGAGGCGCGAGAGAACUAGCUGACGAGACCAAGUUCAUGCAGCCAGGAUUGGAACAGCCAGAACUGAUGGUUCAGGCGUUGGCAGCACAUAACACGCUGACUGACUGCCUCAUGCAGGAAGAUGCAGAGACUGAUGUCUUAGAGAAGAUGCUGGAAGAUGACAUGCUAGAAGACUGGGUGACCGAGCCGUCCGAAGAGAAGCAGCUUUUCGCACCGGUACUACCAGGUGGCGCUAUGUGUGUUUACACACAGCGGGUGCUACAGAUCGCUUCGAUCGUCCGCUCGCUGUCCUUCCACGAGGAGAACGUGCAGUAUCUGGCGAGAAAUACUACUCUGAUAAGAUUCCUGCUCCUCUGUGCCAACUGCUGGGUUGGCUCCCUGAGGCAAUCUGGACUGGACACUCUUGGGAAUGUCUCUACAGAACUCGUAAUAAAGGAUCCAGCGACGUGUCUGAUAUCACGGCACGUGUUGUCGACCAUACAAUCGGCGCUAGUGUCGCCGGAUCGUGCGAGGGUACUCGCCGCUUUGGAGCUGUUGAACAAACUCGCGCAAAACGAGGUCAAUGAGGACGCGCUGCUGAAGGCUUUGGAGGCCAAGGUGUACAGCGACGUGUGCUCGCUACUUACGCUGCGAGACAUCAUGGUGUUAGUGUGUACGCUGGAAUGCGUGUACGCUCUGACGUCACUCGGCGACCGAGCGAGCGAGGCGGUCGCUAGAGUACCAGGUCUUGUCCACACUCUGGUGUCUCUGGUCACAGUCGAGGCUCAAAGCUACGGGCCGCGCGCGUGCAUUCUCAUGCGCGUAGUUGAAACGGUGAGCGGGCCGAGCGCGCUCGCCGCCGCCGCCGAGCGCGACGCAGACAGACACCCGCCGCACCAGGCUCAACCGCAGCCGAAGCAGCCAGAGCCGGCGCCGCCGCCCGCCGCGCCCGCGCCCGCCGCCUCCCCCGCGCCCGUUAACUCGCUACAACAGUCGCAUAUGCAGCAGCGGACAGUACAGGAGAACGAGCACUUCGUCCAAGCGUGGCUCCGUUCCACAUACGAGCCGCUACCGCCGAGCGACAACACUGCGUGCGAAGCGGCCGAGCUGUACCGGCAGUACCUGGCGUGCUGCGGCAAGCUGGGCAGGAAGGGGGUCAUCGCGCCCGCACACUUCCCCCGUAUAUAAUUAUACAUACCGUUUGCAUACAGGACUGUGUUUGGAGGAACAGUGGGCCCGAAUAACGUGACCACCUCGACGGGAGAGACUCAGCAAUGUUACAUCGGGAUUAGGGCAAGAAAUCCACCGCCUAGGACCAAUCCACCGGCUGGUCCAGCGUCGCCAAUACUCAAAGCGCAGUUAACGAACAAACCCACGGGCACAGCUGAAGUGAAGCAAAUAGUUGCCACACCACAGCCUCAAGCCCAACAACCAGCUCCGACGCACCCACAUCUCUCCCAAGCGCUGGAAUCGAACCCGUCCAACACGACCCUCAUCAAACACCUGCUCGCCCACAAAGUAAGCCCCGCCCCGCCGCCGCAAGUUGCGCAGAGACAACAAAGUCAGCAGAGAGUGACCCCUGCAGCUAACACAGUUGUAGUUCAGAAUAAUCAGGUAUUGGAUGUAGACCCAGAAGCCCUUAUCAAGUGCACGACCAUCACACCAGGUGGCGUCGCGAGUAGCACACCACCUGCUGAAAAGGUUUAUAUUAACGCUGCAGAUGAUUCUUUAGUCAUAAAAGAGGAACCAGUACAAAUUCAAAUCGACGAGCAAACGCAGUUGACAAUCAAAACGGCUCAGAACAAAAUGCUCGCCGACUUGCUAGAGAAGAAAUCUAACCCUCCAGUGCAAGUCGUCCAAAUGGGUCCCCAACUGAACGCUCCAACUAUACAAAUAACUGAAACCGGCCAGAUAGUGCAAGUGAAGACAGAAAACGAACCAGUAUUACAACUAAACGACCCCAUGGUCCCUCAGACUAAUCAAUUCUUCCAAAUAAAGAACGAUCAAGGUCAAUUGAUCCAACUCAAGAACGACCAAGGUCAAUUGAUCCAGCUCAAGAACGAUCAAGGUCAACUGAUCCAGAUAAAAAAUGAGCAGGGUCAGUUAAUACAAUUGAAGAGUGACCAACUACCGGGAGCCAUGUUGCAGUUCAAGAAUGACCAGGGUCAUAUAGUCCAGGUCAAAAAUGAUGCACAGAUAAGUCUGCAGAGCGGUCAGAUUAUACAGCAAGCUGUGAUGCAAGCACUGAAGACUGAAAAGGACAUGAUUGUGGACACCGUCGUCACCGACCACUCGUAUACAGAACCGCCGACCAAAAAGAUCAAGCUUGAAGACAAGAAAGAUGGUAACACCGAAAGCGUUUCGAAGACAGCGGCAAAUCUUUAUGCUGCUCUCGCUGCAUCUGCUCUUGAAGAUGAAGACUUGAUACCUCCAAAAACUGAACCAGAUAUCCCACAAUCUGUUUUAGUAGCAGGCACUGGAGAGAAUGCCUCUCUCAUUAUCCAGGAACCCAUUUUACAGGUGCAGCAACCAUCGCUGCAAGUGCAGCAACCGACGAUGCAGGUGCAGCAACCGACUCUGCAAGUGCAACAACCGACACUGCAAGUGCAACAACCAACAUUGCAGGUGCAGCAACCGACAUUGCAGGUUCAACAACCGAUGCUGCAGGUACAGCCGAUGGACGUCCAAAACAUCAUCGCAUCGCAAUCUGGACAAAUCAUCCUGCAAGAAAAAUCCAUGCCAACACAACAACCGCAGUUUGUCCAGCAACCGAUGCAGAUUAUCGCUACACCAGGUGGCUCGCAAGGAGGUUUGAGUUACAUAACUCAAAAUUUGCAAGGCAACAUACAAAUGCAGAAAACAAUCAUCAUAGUACAAGGCCCUGCUGGUGGAGGUCCCUUAACUUUAACGGUGAACAACCCCGGGGGCCUGGACGAAGCGACGUUAAACAGCCUUAUUACCCAGGCGACAGAGGCUAUAACGCAACAGCAAAUAAUACAGAACACGCCCCAAAUAACGCCAAGUCAGCAACCAAUAAUAACUACACAACCGCAACCACACAAGGCGCAAAUCGUCAACCAGCCUCAAGGUCAGCAGAUAGUGGUUACACAGAAACAACCACCAGCGCUGAUCAGUACCACAUCUAGCAACCAAAUAGGGAACCAGCAGAUCAUACAAGGCGGUCAGCAAAUUAUACAGGGCAAUCAACAACUGAUUCAAGGUGGUCAGCAAAUUAUAACUGGGAACCAACAGAUUAUACAGGGGAAUCAGCAGUUGUUACAGGGUAACCAGCAAAUCAUAGCUGUCUCCAAUAACCAGCAGAUCAUAGUAAAUGCUCCCAUGAAGCCAGGGGUCCAUAGAGUGGUCCAACAACCGCAGAGGAGCCAAGUGGUGACCAACGUGCAGCCGACCAUAGUGCAGACUUCGGUUGUGCAGAGCGACACCAAAACUAGUGUUAUACAGACUAGUGCGCAGAAACCACAGCAAGUGAUGAGACAAGUCAUCACCAGGCAACCAGUUAUGGUGGGAAACACCAAGAUCGGCGAAAAAGAGAUGGUUGUGACGCAGCCCGUUACAGAG